AUGUCUGGAUCCAUGUCUUACAGUGUGAGAGCCGGCCUGGUUAGGUCCUAUUCUAUAGAGAGCAACUGUUGUUGUGCUUUAAAGGACAUCGAGGGCUCCGUCCAAUCCGUACAGCGUCCCUACACAACCCCCCACACCCCCUCUAAUGUCAGUCCCUACACAACCCCCACACCCCCUCUAAUGUCAGUCCCUACACAACGCCCCACACCCCCUCUAAUGACAGCCCCUACACAACCCCCCCACACCCCCUCUAAUGUCAGUCCCUACACAACGCCCCACACCCCCUCUAAUGUCAGUCCCUACACAACCCCCCUCACCCCCUCUAAUGUCAGUCCCUACACAACCCCCCACACCCCCUCUAAUGUCAGUCCGUACACAACGCCCCACACCCCCUCUAAUGUCAGUCCCUACACAACCCCCCACACCCCCUCUAAUGUCAGUCGGUACACAACGCCCCACACCCCCUCUAAUGUCAGUCCCUACACAACGCCCCACACCCCCUCUAAUGUCAGUCCGUACACAACGCCCCACACCCCCUCUAAUGUCAGUCCGUACACAACCCCCCACACCCCCUCUAAUGUCAGUCCCUACACAACCCCCCACACCCCCUCUAAUGUCAGUCCCUACACAACACCCCACACCCCCUCUAAUGUCAGUCCGUACACAACACCCCACACCCCCUCUAAUGUCAGUCCGUACACAACGCCCCACACCCCCUCUAAUGUCAGUCCGUACACAACCCCCCACACCCCCUCUAAUACUGGCAGACAGAUGGACAUAUCCUUGAGGCUGCGGAGCCGGCCUCCCAAAUAG